CGAGCGGAGCCGCCGCGGCCGGACCCGAUGCCGGGAGCUGGGCGCUGAGGGCGGCCCCGACAUGGGGGUUCUCAGCAUCACGGACCAGCCCCCUCUGGUCCAAGCCAUCUUCAACCGGGAUGUGGAGGAGGUUCGGUCGCUGCUCAAUCAGAAGGAGAACAUCAAUGUACUGGACCAAGAACGCCGGACACCGCUCCAUGCUGCUGCCUACAUCGGAGAUGUUGCAAUCCUCGAGCUGCUCAUCCUGUCAGGUGCUAACGUGAACGCGAAGGACACGGUGUGGCUCACGCCGCUGCACCGCGCCGCCGCCUCGCGCCACGAGAAAGCCCUUCACCUGCUCCUGAAGCACUCUGCCGACGUCAACGCCCGCGACAAGCACUGGCAGACGCCGCUGCACGUGGCCGCCGCCAACCGGGCCACCAAGUGCGUGGAGGCGCUGGUGCCGCUGCUGAGCACCGUCAACGUGGCCGACCGCACCGGGCGCACGGCGCUGCACCACGCCGUGCACAGCGGCCACCUCGAGAUGGUGAACCUGCUGCUCAACAAAGGCGCCAGCCCCAGCACGUGUGACAAGAAGGACCGGCAGCCGCUGCACUGGGCCGCCUUCCUGGGUCACCUGGAGGUGCUGAAGCUGCUGGUGGCGCGCGGGGCCGAUGUCAUGUGCAAGGACAGGAGGGGUUACACGCUGCUGCACACGGCGGCCGCCAGCGGCCAGAUCGAGGUCGUGCGUCACCUCCUCAGGCUGGGCGUGGAGAUCGACGAGCCCAACUCCUUCGGGAACACGGCACUGCACAUCGCCUGCUACAUGGGCCAGGACGCCGUGGCCAACGAGCUGGUGAACGUGGGCGCCAACGUCAACCAGCCCAACGACAGGGGCUUCACCCCGCUGCACUUCGCCGCCGUCUCCACCAACGGGGCCCUGUGCCUGGAGAUCCUGGUCAACAACGGCGCCGACGUCAACUUCCAGAGCAAGGAAGGGAAGAGCCCCCUGCACAUGGCGGCGAUCCACGGCCGGUUCACGCGCUCGCAGAUCCUCAUCCAGAACGGCAGCGAGAUCGACUGCGCUGACCGCUUUGGGAACACGCCGCUGCACGUUGCCGCCCGCUACGGGCACGAGCUGCUCAUUAGUACCUUAAUGACCAACGGUGCUGACACUGCCAGGUGA